CCUGCCCGCACCUCACCUCAGGCAGCUCAAACACUGGCACGGCGUCGUCAGGCGCAGCUUCAUCUCACCCCGUCAUCCAUAUCGUCGAAUGUCAACAUCUUAGCCUCUCACACCACCAUGUCGACUCUCUCAGCUUUGCGCAGUUGGGAGGCCGAGAACAACGUCAUCACUGUCGACCCAUUUCAAAAUGCCCUCUACAACCUGCCCGAUCCUGCCGCCUACAAGGCCUUGCAAAACUCCGCUCCAUGGAAGAAAGAUCCCAACUAUUUCACUCACGUCCGCAUCUCUGCCCUUGCCCUCCUGAAAAUGACGACCCACGCCCGUUCCGGAGGCAGUCUCGAGAUCAUGGGCCUCAUGAUCGGUUACGUCUCUGGUCGAUCGCUCGUCAUAACAGAUGCUUUCCGGCUUCCAGUUGAGGGAACGGAAACAAGGGUCAAUGCGCACGCUGAUGCUGAUGAAUACAUGGUCAACUUUGGUAUUUCAUCUAGGGAAGGAGGAGGGCAACUGGAAAACGCCGUCGGCUGGUAUCACUCGCAUCCGGGAUAUGGUUGUUGGCUGUCAGGGAUCGACGUCCAUACUCAAAAGACGCAUCAGAUGGUCAACGACCCUUUCGUUGCGGUGGUGAUUGAUCCAGACCGAACUGUCUCCGCCGGCAAAGUUGAAAUUGGUGCUUUCAGGACAUACCCCGAAGGCCACGUCCCCAAGGAUAAACAAUUUACAGACGACAGCGACGAGUAUCAAGCAAUUCCUCAGGAUAAGAUACAAGACUUCGGAGUUCAUGCCAAUUCCUACUAUCCCCUGGAGAUCACACACUACAAAUCAACUCUUGAUACAUAUCUGCUCGGCCUCUUGUGGAACAAGUACUGGACAUCGACGCUUUCGCAGUCACCACUUUUCACCAAUCGCGACUACACAAACAAGCAGAUCGCUGACCACGCAGUCAAGAUCAGGGCAGCGGCCAACAAAGAGAGGACAGGUGCUAGCAUGGCUCGACGAGGUCCGGAGUUGGCAGGAACGGGAGACAAGAAUUUCAGGACUGUAAGAGAUGGUUCAAUGGAGCAGAUUGUUCGAGGUGGCGCCAAGAUCGCAACGGAAGAGAUCGCUGGUCUAAUGGCACAUGAGGUUAAGCAGAAGUUAUUCUGGGGAGUGGUACAGGAGGCCAGCCAAAAGCCAGCUCAGCAGACUGCCCAUACGACGACAGGGGUACCCGUGGCAAGCAACGGCGGCUGAGACGCAGCAACGUCAGGGUAUUCCGUACUGUUGCAUCAAGAGUUGGACGGCGGUGGCAACUCAAAAUUGAGACAGCCCAGAUCGUCAUGCGGCGAGGCGACAACACAGUCCAAAUCCUCUGCAACCUGCUGGCCCACUGUAUCCAUGGAUAGGCUGAUGCUCUGAGCCGUGUUUGAGGGCAGGGGACAGGGACCAUUCCGGGUCCAAAUGGAUCAAGGUGAUGACAGGCUUAUGAGAUGACGACCAGAGACAGGACUGGCCUGGCAGAAUGUAACGGGCCUCCCUUUACACCAUUGGUUUCCACGAAGUAUUCGAUCGAGCUCAAACUCAAAACAUGCCUUUGCUUGCCCCCAUGGGGAAGCCGAAAGUAUGAGCUCGGCUUGAGUCAGUCUGGACGACGUUCUGGUGUGCCGUAAGCACGAUUGAAAGGAUUUCGUUGUUCCUGAGUACGAGUCCAUGAUCGUUCAUAUGUAAUUAGCAUCUCUGUGGUAUUCACGUGUGGCUCUGAAACGACAACUUUUGGUUUUGAUAUCGCCGGUUACGCCUGAGAAGAAGGAAUGUGAAGGCGAGUCCCGAGUACCGCGUAGACUCUAGCAACCACUUGUCAGGAG